UAUAUACAAGAAAAAACGUGAAACAGAAAGCGAGAGGGACGAGUGCGGAGCGGAAGGCCGAUGGGAAAAAUGGUGUCCUCGAGGAGUGGCGUCGACCCUCGGAGCGGCUACUGCGACGCGAACUCGACCUUCUACAGCAAGCGGCCGCCCAUCGCCCUUCCCGCCGAUCCCAACCUCUCCGUCACCGCCUUUCUCGCCUCCCGCCGCCACUCCGGCACCACCGCCUUCAUCGACGCCGCCACCGGCCACCGCGUCUCAUUCACCGCCCUCUGGCGGUCCGUUGCCGCUGUCGCCACCGCCCUCGCCUCCCCUCCCCUCUCCGUCCGCAAGCCCCAUGUCGUCCUCCUCCUCUCCCCCAACUCGGUCCACUUUCCCGUCGUCUCCCUCGCCGUCAUGUCCCUCGGCGCCGUCCUCACAACCACCAACCCCCUCAACACCCCAGUCGAGAUCGGCCGCCAGCUCGCCGACUCCUGCCCUGUCCUCGCCUUCACCACCCGCGCCCUAAUUCCUAAGCUCGCCUCCGCCCCUGAUCUCCGAAUCGUCCUCCUCGACGACCGCCGGCGCCCAUCGGACGACCGCCGGAUCGUUGCCACCAUCGGCGAGAUGAUCGCGACGGAGCCGGACCCGGCCCGGACCGCCGGCGCCGUGAGCCAGGACGACACCGCCACGCUGCUCUACUCCUCCGGCACCACGGGCACCAGCAAGGGCGUCGUCGCCACCCACCGCAACCUCAUCGCCAUGGUCCAGAUCGUCCUCAACCGGUUCAAGCUGGAGGACGGCGCUGAGCCGGAGACCUUCAUCUGCACCGUCCCCAUGUUCCACGUGUUCGGCCUGGUGGCCUUCGCCACGGGGCUGCUGGGCUCGGGGUCGACGGUGGUGGUGCUGUCCAAGUUCGAGCUGGGGGAGAUGGUGCGGGCGAUCAACGAGUAUGGGGCGACGUACCUGCCGCUGGUGCCGCCAAUCCUGGUGGCGAUGGCGAACCAGAGCCGGCCGCUGCCGCUGGGCCGGCUCCGGCGGGCGCUCUCAGGCGGGGCGCCGCUAAGUCGGGAGGUGAUCGAGGGGUUCCGGGAGAAGUACCCCGCGGUGGAGAUCCUGCAGGGGUACGGCCUCACUGAGACAACGGGGAUCGGCGCCUCCACCGACUCGGCGGAGGAGAGCCGCCGCUACGGCACCGCCGGGAUGCUCUCCCCCAACACGGAGGCCCGCAUCGUGGACCCCGACUCUGGCGCGGCCCUCCCCGUGAACCGCACCGGAGAGCUGUGGCUUCGCGGUCCCUACGUCAUGAAAGAGUAUUUCAAGAAGCCGGAGGCGACGAGGACGACGCUGGUGGAGGACGGAUGGCUGAGGACGGGAGAUCUGUGCUACAUCGACGAGGACGGAUACCUCUUUGUGGUCGACCGGCUAAAGGAGCUGAUCAAGUACAAGGGAUACCAGGUAGCACCGGCGGAGCUGGAGGCCCUGUUGCUGACACACCCUGACAUCGCCGACGCUGCAGUGAUACCGUAUCCGGAUAAGGAAGCUGGUCAGAUCCCAAUGGCGUAUGUGGUGAGGAAGGAUGGGAGCAAUUUGUCUGAGGAGGAAGUGAUCAAAUUCGUAGGGAGACAGGUGGCUCCAUACAAGAGAAUCCGCAAGGUAGCAUUUGUAUCGGCCAUUCCAAAGAAUCCGUCAGGGAAAAUAUUAAGGAAAGACCUGGUCAAGCUCGCCACCUCCAAGCUGUAGCGACUCAAACUUGGAUUUCCUUGGGAUGCAUAAAUAUACAAAAUAUUGAACGUGUAAUGUCAAGUGUAUCAAGGUAAUCCUUAAAUGUUUCCUACAAACCUGUUGUGUAUGUUAAUAAUCAAGUGCCUUUGGAGACAAUAAUGAAUUAUCUUCUAUCGGUUCGUAGAAAAUAUGUUGGUUUGA